CUCCUGCCAGUGGGCAUGCGCUUUAAGGCAGUAAGGGUAGAGUCGCAGCGUCACUGCAGCGCUCUGCGCAGGCUCUCUUGUUCCCGCGCAUGCGGGGUUGAGCACUGUGGGCAGCAGUUCUGCUCUGCAGCUUCACGCUGCCGUUGUGCGCAGGCGCCUCAGGGCAGCCGGGCGGCAGCGGCGCCUGCGCGCUGCGUCCGGGCGGUUCCGGGUGCGGCAGCGGCGAUGGCGGCGGCGGCGGCAGCGACAGCCCCGGGCGGGGCUGGGCCGGUGGCGGGACCGGGGGCGCCGAAGCUGGGCGUGGAGUCGGUGAAGGGACAGGCCUUCGACGUGGGGCCGCGCUACACGGAGCUGCAGUAUAUCGGCGAGGGCGCGUACGGCAUGGUGUGCUCAGCCUACGACCACGUAACGAAGACCCGGGCGGCCAUCAAGAAGAUCAGCCCAUUCGAGCACCAGACGUACUGCCAGCGCACGCUGCGGGAGAUCAAGAUCCUGCUGCGCUUCCGCCACGAGAACAUCAUCGGCAUCAACGACAUCCUGCGUGCCCCCAGCCUCGACCAGAUGCGCGAUGUCUACAUCGUACAGGACCUGAUGGAGACGGACCUCUACAAGCUGCUCAAGACGCAGCAGCUGAGCAAUGACCACGUCUGCUACUUCCUCUACCAGAUCCUGCGGGGCCUCAAGUACAUCCACUCGGCCAACGUCCUUCACCGUGACCUCAAGCCCAGCAACCUGCUCAUCAACACCACGUGCGAUCUCAAGAUCUGUGACUUUGGGCUGGCCCGGAUCGCUGACCCCGAGCACGACCACACAGGCUUCCUCACCGAGUACGUGGCCACGCGCUGGUACCGCGCCCCUGAGAUCAUGCUCAAUUCCAAGGGCUACACAAAGUCCAUCGACAUCUGGUCCGUCGGCUGCAUCCUGGCGGAGAUGCUCUCCAACCGGCCCAUCUUCCCUGGGAAGCACUACCUGGAUCAGCUCAACCACAUACUGGGGGUGCUGGGGUCCCCGUCGCAGGACGACCUCAACUGCAUCAUCAACAUGAAGGCGCGAAACUACCUGCAGUCGCUGCCGCACAAGGCCCAGGUGCCCUGGGCCAAGCUCUUCCCCAAGGCCGACCCCAAGGCCCUGGACCUGCUGGACAAGAUGCUGACCUUUAACCCCAACAAGCGCAUCACCGUGGAGGAGGCGCUGGCCCACCCCUACCUGGAGCAGUACUACGACCCCUCAGACGAGCCCGUGGCUGAGGAGCCCUUCACCUUCGACAUGGAGCUGGACGACCUGCCCAAGGAGCGGCUGAAGGAGCUGAUCUUCGCCGAGACGGCGCGUUUCCAGCCCCCGCCCGCGCCCUGACCCCUCCCCAGGUGAGCGAGGGGGGCGGGGUUAGUGCCCCAGGCCUCGCCCCCCUUUCCCCCGUCGGACUGGCUCCCGGCAGGGGGGCGGAGCUUUGUUCCCCGGCGGGGGGCGGCCCCGCCCCCUCGCGCUGCUGCCGCCGCUGCUGCUGACUCCGCCCCGUGCCUGUGACGCUUCGCUGCCAGGCCCCGCCCCCUCGGAGGGGGGCAGUUAACUCUCCACAUUCCAGGCGGGGGGAGGGGAGGGGGGCGCGGGCCCCUCGGCUUGUACAGACCCCAAUAAACACGUCCUGGACCCUC